AUGAGCCAGUGGCAUCAUGCCCGCGAGCGCUGUGGUCAGGGUCACGGAUUUUCUGGAUGUUCGUCGGCUAAGAGGAAGGGUGGAAAGCACAUCCUGGAAAGGUGGAAAGACUAUCUCCCAGUUGGACAGCGGAUGCCUGGGACUCGUUUCAUUGCUUUCAAAGUUCCUUUAAAAAAGAGUUUUGAAAAGAAUCUUGCUCCAGAAGAAUGUUUUCCCCCUUGUAUCUUUUUAAACAAAAUCCAAGAACAGAAUGAAGAACUUGGGCUGAUUAUUGACUUAACAUAUACUUGCCCCAAUUAUAAGCCAGAGGACUUACCAGAAACUAUUCCUUAUUUAAGAAUUUGUACAAUUGGGCAUCAGAUGCCAGGUGAUGACACUAUUUUUAAAUUCCAAUGUGCUGUUAAUGGGUUUUUGAAAGAAAAUAAAGAUAAUGACAGACUUAUUGGUGUCCACUGUACCCACGGUUUAAACAGGACUGGCUACCUCAUCUGCAGGACAAGCCUUGAUCUUGCAUUCUUACCCUCAUGGAUGUUACUUUCUGUCAACUUCCAGCAGCAGGAGUCUUCUUUUCAGUGCUUGAUGCUUCACAAAAUAGACUCUGCCCAUUGGAAGCAAAUACCAGACAGCUAG